AUGCAGCAGGCGAUCUUCGCCCAACGCGAGCGAAGGAAAGCCAUUGCCGCCGAGGCAGCCGCGCUGGCAGCUUCUUCGACACCAGCACCUGCUUCUCAAGACUCCGCACAGCCUGGUCCGAACGGGACUGAACCCAAGUCUGAACCCCCCGAGGUUCAGGGGCCGACAUUCAAGGCUGUCAAGACUCCUUACGAUGAUCCCAACCUGAUCCGCAAGUCGAUCAGCCAUUUUGAUCACACCCAGCGCAAGAACCGCAAGCUCAUUCCCGGACUUUUCCCUACCGGUGUGGAUUUCGACCAGCUGCGUUACGAGAGGGAAGUGAUUGUGUUCAACCGGAUGCGCGAUCGUUAUGCCGAGCUAAGAAACACUCCGGCAAACAUCGCUCACUGGGACACCACCAAGGACGAUGCCGAGCUGGACGACAGUGCCAAGGUGAAGGCCAUCAUUGAGAUGAAGAGCCUCGGCUUGUAUGCUAAGCAGAGGGCACUGCGCGACAAGAUUGGUCGCUCGAUGAUGUUUUACGACAACCUUGCUAUGACCACCAACCGUUCUAGCUACCGCCGCACAAAGAAGAUGACGGUUCGUGAGGCCAGAAUCACCGAGAAGCUUGAGAAGCAACAACGCGACAUCCGGGAGAACCGCGAGAAGAAGAGACACACAGACUUCCUCGCUGCCAUUACUCAGCAUAGAAACGAGAUCCAGCAAACCGCCUCAAGCCAGCGCAACAAGUCGACCAAGCUUAACAAGCUCAUGUUUGCCCAGCACUACAAUAUUGAGAAGGAAGAGCAGAAGAGAAUCGAGCGUACUGCCAAGCAGCGUCUGCAGGCUCUUAAGGCUAACGACGAAGAGGCGUAUCUCAAGCUGCUCGACGAAGCCAAGGAUACCCGUAUUACUCACCUGCUCAGACAGACCGAUGGAUUCUUGCGCCAACUCGCCGCCUCUGUCAAGUCCCAGCAAAGGAAAGCGCUUGCGGAGCAAACUGGCGAGGAGCAGAUGCCAGAGGAAGAGGAAGAGAGCGAGCCAGAAGACGACGAUGGCGACACCAGUGGAAAGAAGAUCGACUACUAUGCCGUUGCCCACAAGAUCAAGGAAGAGGUCACCGAGCAGGCCAACAUUCUCGUUGGUGGCAAGCUCAAGGAGUACCAAGUCAAGGGUCUGCAAUGGAUGAUCUCAUUAUACAACAACAAUCUCAAUGGUAUUCUUGCCGACGAAAUGGGUCUCGGCAAGACCAUUCAAACCAUCAGUUUGGUUACCUACCUCAUCGAGCGCAAGAAGCAAGACGGACCGUAUCUGGUCAUCGUACCUCUCAGUACUUUGACCAACUGGACCCUCGAAUUCGAGAAGUGGGCCCCGUCUGUUAGCAAGAUCGUCUACAAGGGACCUCCCCUUGCCAGAAAGCAACAGCAGGACAAGAUCCGUCAAGGACGCUUCCAAGUAUUGCUCACGACAUACGAGUACAUCAUCAAGGACCGACCAGUUCUCAGCAAGAUCAAGUGGUUCCACAUGAUUAUCGACGAAGGUCACCGCAUGAAGAACCAGAACUCGAAGUUGACAUCUACCAUCCAGCAAUACUACCACACCCGAUUCCGCCUGAUUUUGACUGGUACCCCACUGCAGAAUAACCUUACUGAACUGUGGGCCAUGCUCAACUUCACCCUUCCCACCAUUUUCAAGUCUGCAAAGACUUUCGAUGAAUGGUUCAAUACGCCUUUUGCCAACACUGGUGGACAGGACAAGAUGGACCUUACGGAAGAAGAGCAGAUUCUUGUCAUUCGUCGUUUGCACAAGGUGUUGCGUCCUUUCCUUCUCCGUCGUCUGAAGAAGGAUGUCGAAAAGGACCUUCCGGACAAGACUGAGAAGGUCAUCAAGUGCAAAUUCUCAGCCCUGCAAAGCAAGCUGUACAAGCAGAUGGUCACGCACAACAAGAUUCUUGUCAGCGACGGACAAGGCGGCAAGGCCGGUGCUCGUGGUCUGAGCAACAUGAUUAUGCAGCUUCGCAAGCUCUGUAAUCAUCCUUUCGUUUUCGACGAAGUCGAGAAUACCAUGAACCCCAUGAGCAUCAGCAAUGACUUGCUCUGGAGAACAGCCGGCAAGUUCGAGCUUCUGGACCGAGUUCUGCCCAAGUACAAGGCAACGGGCCAUCGCGUCCUCAUGUUCUUCCAGAUGACGGCCAUCAUGGAUAUCAUGGAAGACUAUCUCAGAUAUCGCAACAUGAAGUAUCUCCGUCUGGAUGGUACGACCAAGUCGGACGAGCGUUCCGAUCUGUUGCGCGAGUUUAACGCUCCGAACUCUGAUUACUUCAUGUUCUUGCUUUCGACCCGUGCUGGUGGUUUGGGUCUGAAUUUGCAGACUGCUGACACAGUCAUCAUCUACGACUCCGAUUGGAACCCUCAUCAAGAUUUGCAAGCUCAAGAUCGUGCCCAUCGUAUCGGACAGAAGAACGAGGUUCGCAUUCUGCGUCUCAUUAGUUCUAACUCGGUCGAAGAGAAAAUUUUGGAGAGAGCCAGAUUCAAGCUCGACAUGGACGGCAAGGUCAUUCAAGCCGGUCGUUUCGAUAACAAGUCUACGGAAACGGAUCGUGACGCCAUGCUGAGAACCCUCCUGGAAAGUGCCGACCUUGCCGAGACGGGAGAGCAGGACGAAAUGGACGAUGAAGAAUUGAACCUGCUCCUCGCCCGUAGUGACGACGAGGUCACUGUCUUCCAGAAGCUUGACGAAGAGCGCAGGAAGGACCCGAUUUAUGGCGAGCCAGCUGGCGCGAAGGCCAAGCCUCGUCUUUUGGGAGAAGACGAACUUCCCGAGAUCUACCUCGGUGAUGGCAACCCAGUGGAAGAAGAGGUGGAGACGAGUCUUGGACGUGGAGCCCGUGAGCGAACCAAGGUCCGCUACGAUGACGGCCUCACGGAAGAGCAAUGGCUCAUGGCUGUUGAUGACGAUGAUGACUCUCCUGAGGCUGCAGCAGCACGCAAGCAAGCCCGUAAGGACAAGAGGGAGAACAACCGACUCAAGAGAACAGCCAUCAUGAAUGCUGCGGAGGCUUCCCCUUCGGCAAGUCGCGCAAGCACUGAGGAAGUGGAAACCCCCAAGAAAAGAGGUCGCAAGCCUGGCAGUAAGAACCAAGAGAAGCGCAAGGCAGAUGAUGGCGAUGAUGAGCCACCGGCCAAGAAGCGUCGCGGACCUCAAGGCAGACCUAAGGCGGUUUCUGUCUCUGCAGGAUCUGAGGCGCCACGAGUCUCGGCCCAGCAGCGCCAUUCCCUCCAGACAAGCGCGCGUGCUUUGUUUGACGGACUCAUGAACCUCGAGGUCGACGAUCCCGAGCCCCCCGAGGAGGACGAUGACGAGUCAGUGGCAGGCAAGCGGAUCAUCAUUGGUCCCUUCCUUGCCCUUCCCCCAAGCGCGACUACGCCGACUACUACCUGA